CCUGAAGAAGGUAAAGUGUACGCAAACUUUAUCACUACCUCGAGAAGAUAUAGAAAAACUAUUUCCAAAAAUUCCCUCGCCUCGAGUAACAAACUUCAAAGCAACUAACAUAACAAUACAAUCUUGAGCAUAUAUUUUUUCCUUGGGCAAAGAACUGUUUAAAAAACAAAAAAAAUAAAGCACUGCUGCACCUGUCAAGGUUCGUUGUUGAUGCGGAAAUGCACACUCUUGACCACUGGAUUAUGCUUCUCUGGCUUGUCAAGAGUGUGCAACAACAUGUAUAUAACCAUAUUCAUCUGACCACCCUUCGUUGGCUGUGGCCGCCACUGAUCUUGAGCUUUCAGACAACAACAGCCUAGUAUAGUCCCAAAAACAGUCGGGAGAGGACAGAGUAUAUAUACACCUUAUCACUAUCUCGAAAAGGUAUACAUAGAAAGACUAUUUUCAAAAAACCCUCGGCUCAAGUAACAACAUCAAAUCAGCUAACAUAACAAAACAGUCUCGAGCUCUAAGACAACAACAACAGCCUAGUUUAGUCCUAAAAGCUAGAUUUUAGAAGAGUAGAAUGUACACAGAUAUUUCUGAAAGACCUCGGCUCGAGUAACGAACAUCAUAGCAGCUAACACAACAAUGAUAAAUGCCACCAAAAUACCCAAAUUCAAAUCUUUCCCUCCUUUACAAGAAACACAAACUUCUUCCCCUUUAUGGCCACCAAAAUUGUCUUCAAUGUCGUUAUCUUUACAAAACUAUAUCAAUUCGGACACUCCAAUUCAUGGCCAAAAGAUACAUUCAUACAUUUUGAAAACCGGGUACAAACCGAAUACCAAUAUACGUAUCAAAUUGUUAAUACUUUAUUUAAAAAGUUCUUGUCUUUUUUACGCCCGCCAAGUGUUUGAUGAAAUGCCUAAACCAACUCUUUCUGCUUAUAAUUACAUGAUUUCGGGCUAUGUGAAAAAUGGGGUUGUUUUAGAAUGCUUUGAUAUGGUUAGAAAGUUGUGUUCUUUGGGGGAAAGGCCGGAUGAGUUUACGUUAUCCAUGAUCUUGAAGGGGUGUAGUAGUGGCUCGACGAAUAGCUAUAUUGGAAAACAGGUUCAUGCACGAGUGUUUAAAUGCGUAGUUGAGGGUGAUGAUGUGCUUUAUACGGCGUUAGUUGACUCGUAUGUGAAGAGUGGGAGAGUGGAUUGUGCAAGGAGAGUGUUUGAUUUGAUGUUGGAAAGGAAUGUAGUUUGUGCGACGUCGUUGAUAUCGGGGUAUAUGGAUCAGGGGAAUAUUGAGGAGGCUGAAGACGUGUUUAGUAAAACAAUGGAGAAAGAUGUUGUGGUGUUUAACGCGAUGAUUGAAGGGUAUAGUAAACGUGUUGAAAAUGGUAAGAAGGCGAUUGAGGUUUAUAUUGACAUGCAACGUUUCGGUUUUAGGCCAAAUAUUUCUACUUUUGCAAGUAUUAUUGGGGCUUGUUCUGCUCUAGCAGCGUUCGAAAUUGGUCAACAAGUUCAAGGACAGAUGAUGAAGACUGAGUUAAUUGAGCAUGUAAAAAUUGGAAGUGCUUUAAUUGACAUGUAUUCAAAGUGUGGAUUGGUUGAGGAUGCAAGAAGAGUCUUUAACCACAUGCCUGAGAAGAAUGUAUUCUCAUGGACUUCGAUGAUUGAUGGAUACGGAAAGAACGGGUAUCCCAAUGAGGCACUUGAACUAUUUAGUAUUAUGCAAGUAGAUCAUCUCAUUGUUCCAAAUUAUGUUACAUUUCUAAGUGCUCUUUCUGCUUGUGCGCAUUCCGGAUUAGUUGCUAAAGGAAGAGAGAUUUUUGAAAGCAUGGAGAGAGAUUACUCUAUGAAGCCAAGGAUGGAGCAUUACGCUUGCAUGGUUGAUAUCUUUGGUCGCUCAGGGAGCUUAAAUCAGGCAUUAGAGUUUGUGAUUAAUAUGACUGAAAGGCCAGAUUCUGAUGUUUGGGCAGCUUUACUCAGUUCUUGUAGACUUCACGGAGACGUCGAAUUGGCUAAUUUAGCUGCCAAUGAGCUUUUCAAGCUAAAUAGCAGUAGUCGUCCGGGGGCAUAUGUUGCACUAUCUAAUGCUCUUGCAGAUGCUGGUAGAUGGGAUGGCGUGAGUGAACUUAGGGAGAUUAUGAAGAUUAGAGGAAUAUCAAAAGGCACAGGCUUCAGUUGGGUUGGCACUGAUGGCAGUUUGAAAGCUUUCUUUGCGGGACAACAGACAUAACCAAAGGGGGUGAAGAGAAAUAGUUUGUUCAUAGUCAAGCAUACUAGCAGCGUUUGCUAGUGAGAGAGGAGUCCACUUUCCCGCAUUUAUCGAUCAGGAUCCUCAAGGCACCAAGAAGGUGUGUUUCUUUGCAUGGUUGGCAGCUAAGGAUGAGAUAUUGGACAACGGAUGAGCUAAGAGAGCAUUUAAAGAUUUGUGGAACUAAAUGUGCUAUGCUUGGAAGUUGGAAUUGCUGUCUCAUGAUUGUGAAGUUGUCAUGAUGAUGAAGCUCAACAGGAGUUGCACGUUUAAGGUCUCCUGCUUCAUGAAUAUUGGUACCAUCAGAAGAAUUCUGCAUAGUAAUACUUGCUGGAUAUAAUUAAUAGUCUACAUUUCCUCCCACGAUUCACAAAGGGUAGUCCAAUGGUGCUGUCAAUAAAAUACUGGUGUCUGGCCUUAAAGGUACUUAUUUCUGCUCGUGGAUUUCGUACAAAAUUAUUGUCCCUGUGGUUCUUUCUGCAGUUUAUUUCUUCUCCUGUUUUUGUGCAACAACAACAUACCCAGUAUAUUCCCACGAAGUGGGUCUGGGUCUCCUGUUCGACAGGCCUCAAGGCUAUGCACUAAUGGAAGUACUGGAGGAAGUAGUACUGAAGAUUUAAAAUGGGGACUCAAGUUUUAAUUAGCUUUCUCAAUAAACAAGUCAAUGAGACGCUAAAGCUGUUUUAGGGCUAAAGAAGUUUCACCAAUUUAAAGAGAUUUAUUCCUGAUUCUUUGACCCAUUACUCCUUCCUUCCCAGCUCCUGUUAUUAAGCUUUGUUGGGGGAUAUUUUGAAUAUGCUGCAUCUUUGUUUUGAAGUAGCUUAAGCUAAUUGAACAUGCGCAAUUGACUUAGAAAGAUGUCUUCUCUUGUUCUCAAAUUUGCUUUUGGUAUCAAUCAUUCUGUCUUAAGACUUUUAGAAGUCAAUAAAGGCAGCUUUUACAAGUCAAUAUAGGUAGUGUUUAGGUAGCCCCUAUUCAUCGGAAAAAGGUAAUCUGUAAUCCGAUCCUACAGCUUCCUGCUGCUUGAAUGUACAGUUUUUUGGACUUCCAUGUAGUCCCAUUACGGAAUGUUCGAGCGCUUGAGGGUCGUGCAAUUUUUUUAGAUUUUCUUGCCAAAUUGCUCUAUUUAAUUGCACUUACUAUUGAAUUCAUCAGCAAGGGACUGCAAGGUGGGGGGAGGGGGGGGGGGGGUGUAAAUUUGUUUGUUUGUAAACUUUUUCAUCAUCUUUGGUUCCAUCUUGGUCUGUUCACUCUGUUGGGAUAAGAUUUGGAGGUCCAUGGGAUUAAAUUGAUACGAAGAGCAUUGGUACAUCAACUCAUUCAGUGGUUAUUCAAGCUUCUUUUCUGGUCAACCUUAUAAUCUGGGCCAUUAAAUUAAAGACUAAAUAGAUAUACACUUCCACCGUUCCACGAGUUAAAAAAUACUUUUUCAUUCUCUUUGUACAUUUUAUAUUACAAAUUUAUAGUGAUAUCCCUUCUAAGUGGCCGUUGAAAGGAGGGAAUUAGUAAUUGUGACACUAAGUUUGUGAUAUUUCAAAAAAAAAAUAAAAAAAUUCAGCCUUUUUCCUUGGCUAAUACUUGAUGAAUUCAUUCUUUGAGCUUUUUCAAGAGAUUCGCUUGACCUUUCAAGAGCUGUUUACUUUUGAUUAAAAAAAGAAAUACUAUUAAAUAUCAAGAUACGUUAGCGUGAUAUAAAGGUGUUAGGUGGUGAAGAUAUGGUCUCAACUCUCAAGUUCUGCUUUAUACACAAGUAGAUAUGUCAGUUGUUAACACAUCUAAGAAUAUCGGAUUCCACUGCUAUUAUGUGGGUGCAAUUGCAUUUUUACACUGGAAUUGCUUGAUUAAGUUGUUAUGUAGUCCUGUGUGAUCUUACAGUGAACAUUGUAACUGGAGCUGUUGUCCACUAGAAUUUUCACUCUCCCCAAGCCACCCUCAAGAAUGGGAGGCACUGAUGCAAAUGUUGGCCCGACACUCAGUUCAAACUGUGUGUUUGGUUUUACUUACAGUUUUUUAUUUGACCAUUAAAUAUCAGGAAAACAACAAUCAUGACUAAUAAGAGUAUAAAGGUGCUAAGUGGCAAGUGUCUGAAUCUCAAAUUUCUUCUUUAUAGGUAGAAAUAAUGUGAGAUUGAAGGGUGCUCAUGUAUCAAUCUACAUCGAAGUCCAAAGCUAUUGUGCGGAUGAAGCUUUUACUGUUGCAUUUAAGCAUGAAUUGUUUGAUUAAGUUGAUAUUGGUCCCGUAAUAGUUUUAUGACUGAAUGUUAUACUAGGAGCAGUUCGCUCGUAGAGUAUAGUCAGCUCCCACUAGCCACGUUGAGGAAUGGUGGGACACCGGCAAAAAGCCAUCUUGCACGUACCGAAAAGAAAAAAGAAUUAGUCAAGAGGAUCAGUGUGCUUUCCUCUGGAGAAAGGACAAUCUUAAGUGGUCAUCCAUGCCUUUAUCUUUUGUUUAUUCUGUUCUUAUGAUGAAAUUGCUUUCCUUUACCUUGAUUGACAGAGAAAGGACAGGGACCAUUCACCAUAACCGCUCCUUGACAAGGACAAUCCCUUUGGUAAUCUUAUUACUUAUAAAGCCGAUAUUAAAAUGCUGAUUCUCCAACAACUGCUGGUGGGAACCAUCUUGGGUGGACGUGUGAGUUUUGAUCCCGAGCACUUCUGCUCAUGUUUAAUAAAACUGGCUUUUGAUACUGUGUAAAGGAUAUGCCGAGUUAAGGUUGCUUUUCUCUUUUUACUACACAUGAGACUUCGAUUUUUAUGUUUUGCUUUAGCUACAUAUUGAUUCCUAGAGAUUAAAGUGUAUGAAUAUAAAUUCUCUGUUCUAUUUAAUUUGACUGAACCUCUAUUUAUUUUCUCAACAUUGAUUUGUUUCGCCGCUGCUGUUAAAUUCAGUUACAGUAUUUUGGCCUUUCAAAGUUUGUGCUAAAAUUGUGUUAGAGACAAGGAAACUUUUGUUGGUGGAUGGCACCAUUAACAAACUGAUCAUUUUUUUUUUGCUUUCUCCUAGUAUGUUAUUGGGGUUGUAAUUUGUUUACAGUGUCAGUGUGAAACGUUAUCAAAGAAUCGGGUAAAAGACCUAUUGCGGUUACUAUUGUUAGAGAGAAACUGAGACAUUUUGACCCGAACGCUCCAGCCACAAAUAAAAAAAAGGGUGUUGAAUCCAUUUUGUAACGCCAUUCUCAGCCGCAAAUCUAACAAAGCACAUGCAAGUGGCAGCUACAUGGUAGUCAAUAUCACUUAACAUCCGAGCUACAAGUAUCUUGCAUGGAUUGAUCCUCUUCACAAGUUCUGAUAUACAUGGAACAAUUAUAUAAAUGAGGUAGCUGGGAAGUCCUAUCAAGAAAAUACAUCAAUCUCUAUUCGACAGCCCCACCGGUCACCGGGCCUCGCAUAUCUUCUCUAGCAAUGGAGCUUUCAUCUUCAAUCCCAGUUAACUAGUCAUGACGCCAUCUGUUUCACGGAGAAAAUUUCUCAUUAAGAACAGUGCAAGUGCAAGCGACCAGUGGCGGAGCCAAGAUUCAGCGGGGUACAGAACACGGUAAAUUCUUGGUCUUGAAUAUCUAAACCGGUCAUUUACGGCUCAAACAGACGGAUAAGAAAGAGAGUGAAAACUGAAGGUAGAUAUAUCAAGAUUGGAAUGUUUGUGAUUCCAACAACAACCAAAGAAUAUCUUCUAGGAACAAAACCAGACAAGUUCAGUUUUUGAGUGAUGAGAUGGAGUUCAAAUGGUCCAAGGAAAGUGGCCAUAUGAGAAUGGGGAUUUCAACUUUUAACCAUAAGUGUUUGUGUGUUGUAGGUGGAUAGGUCAAUGGUGGUAUCUAUUGUCAGUUUAGUCAUUAAAGCACUUAAUUAGCUUCCUCUUCUGUAGACCCUUUAUGGUUUCUGAAAAUGAAAUGUAACUAAAAAUUUAGAGACAUUUAUACAGGGAAACUGUUGUGCUAA